GCCGCGCAAAGUCAACUCACCGAACGCGCAAACGCGCGCAGCUCAGUCGAGUCCGAGUCUCCGAGUCCGCGGAUCCGCGACGCGCGCAGCGGCUGCACCAGUGUGCAUUGAUCAGAACGCAGAGACAUGUGUGAGUGAUCCCCGCGCGUGUGUAUCAGUGUGUAAAUCAUGUGAUAACGAUGCGCGCACGCCUUGCCCGGCCGAACAAUGCGCACAAUCAUCGCCGAUAACGACAUGACCGACAGCGGGCGCGAUCGCGACACGACUAAAAACGCCACCAACUAAUCGCGCGAUUGUGUGAUGAUUGUGAUGAUGAUGAUGUUUGACACCUGCGGAUGCGCUAUCGGCGCGUUAUCGCCGGGCGUCUGACAGGCGCGCGAGGAGGAAAAACAGGACACGCGCGCGUGUUACGCCCUGAUUAGACCCACAUACACGCACUCACACACGCACGCACGAAAUGUAGCCGUGUGGUUGAAGCAUUAGUUAAUCGAGCGCCAGUAAAUCCAGCCAGUAAAUUAAUUUCUAGGAUACUCCCAAUAUAGUUAUAGUGUACAAGUAGAAAGUAAACAGUUGUGAUAGUAACGAUAAGAUAUUGAGGAAGGAAAAAGGAUGAAUACACGCACAGCGCCUGCAUGGAAAGGAUAAGGAUAAGAAUUGAUUGUUUAUGUAUUAAUUUGGGACCCUUUUUGCGUUUGGAGUUUGUUCGGGUUUAACAAGGACGUGUUGCGAAAAGCAGCACACAAGUUUUAAUGGUUUUCAUGGAUGAAUGCCGAACGGACCCGAAUCGAUGGGUCGGCGCUCCGCGUCCCGGUAUACCACCAUCGCCGACGGCACCAGAAGCAGAAGGUCCACCAGUGCAGAUGGAACCGGUCGACCUAAGCGUGAAGACAACGCAACACCGUCGGCAAGGUCAGGAGCGUCGCGGAGGCGUCGCCGACCGGUCGACGACGCCGACGAACAACAACAGCGCGCGGCACGCCAACCACAACAAGCUUUUGCAUCAUCAUCAUCAUCUGCAGCCGCAGGUGGUGCUGCAGGUGCCGAAAUAUCCGCCCGCGCGGAACAAAUCACUCAAUCGUCCCGCUGCGCACGCGCAGCUACCGCAUCCGGCGGCGCUGCCAACCGCGCAGAGUCUCAAAGUUACCAAUAUCACAGAUAAUCUAAGCUCACGUACCUGGACACAAGCAUCGCUCCCAUCCCCGUCGGCGGCGGUGACAGCAGCCCUCCGCUUCAACCCAUCGCCGUUCCUCUCGAUGCCCGGCGCACUCCACCGCCUCCACGACCCGCCCACCUCACUACUCUCAUCACUGCCACUGUACAAAAAGUCGCGUGGUUUCCCGACCACGGUAUCCGCGCCUGCAACAAAGAAUCACAUCAAUGGCGCCACCAGCAGCAGUACGAGUGUCGGCAGCAAUGCAAACAACGGAAGCAUUAACAAUAACAAUGUUAGUAGUAAUAUUAAUAUCAAUAACAACAACAACAACAAUGAGAAAGUGGUAGAGGUUAAACUGGAAGCGAGUGCGAGGGAUGAGGAGCGGACGAAGAGUGAGGAGGCGGCGGCGCCGCCAAGGAAGAGGAAGGUGCAUCGAUGCGAUGUCAAUGGAUGUUUUAAAGUCUACACGAAGAGUUCGCAUUUGAAGGCGCAUAAACGGACUCAUACUGGUGAAAAACCCUAUCAGUGUUCAUGGGACGGCUGCACGUGGAAAUUCGCCCGCAGCGACGAGCUCACCCGCCACUACCGCAAGCACACCGGGCAAAAACCCUUCUCCUGCCACCUCUGCCAGCGUUCCUUCAGUCGAUCCGACCACCUCUCGCUGCACAUGAAGCGCCACGCGUAAACCCACCACCCACAUCCCCCAAAAUCUUGCCCAGUACGAACAAAACAAUCGCGGCCAGUUGCAAGCAACCCAAGAUAAAAUAAAAUUAGUCAAAUUUAUAAAAAAACCCACACACAUGUUAUAUCACGUAACAUGCAAAACGAACGGAAUCAAGCGCCAGUAAAUAAUUGUUAAUUAUUACAUAAUAAUUAAAUUAAAUCUAUAUAGAGAUCAACCCUUAGUAUUAUAUUAUGUUAUGUGUGAGUUUAGAGAACAUUUAUUAUGUAUGUAUGUAUGUAAAAAAUCGCUAGGAAAUUUAUCAACGUGUUUUUAUUUUAUUUUUUUGUUUUUUUUUUUGUCUAAAGAAAUGUAUACUCGAGUUACGUUAAUGAUGUUAAUGAUUAAUUUAUACUAGCGCAAUUAAGUUUCGAAAUAACUAUAGCCAGUUGUGUUAAGGCCAGUAUCAUAGGAUUAAUUCAUCUUUAAUUAAUUAAAAAUUAAAGUAAACGAACAAUUUUUUAAUUUUUUGCAAACAAAAAUGAAGAAAUUUAGUUUUUUUUGUUUUUUUGUUGAAAUAUUGAAAUAAUUAAACAUUCCGUUUGAAAUUUUGAAAGUUUUGAUAUUAAUUUUUUAUCUCCACGAUGAAAAAUGAUCUCCCGUGAAGGAACUCUUGUUGAAUAAACAAUUUAGUGUGUUUAGAGAGAUAUUUAUCUAUGUUAAGUGUAAAGAAAUAAUUUAUGGGCAUUUUCAUUCCAAUUAUUGCACGUUUUUUGCGUGGAGAAUAAUUGCUGCAUAUAUUGUAAAUCUAAUUAUUUACUGUUAAGUCACAUAAAAUUCGUUUACUUCGUGUUUUCUUUGAUUUUUUGAAUGAAACAAAUGUGCUAAAUCGCUAAAUAAAUAAUUUGGGAAGA